CAACUUCAUGCACACUAAGACCUUGUCAAUUUCAUGGACCAUGGUUUUCUAAUUUCUUCAACAUCAUCUCAGCACCUCUUCCCUCUUCCUCUUCUUUGGUGUUGGCCCUUCACGCCCACCACCCAACCCUCCUCUUCAAUCCGUCAAUCCCACCAUCGUACGUGAUCAAAAAAUUAAAAGGCAACAUAAUCAUCAGUUCAUGCAAUUGAGGGUAUAAUACUGAUAGGUGCAAAACAACAUUGCAUGUUAUGGGCGCGCAUAUGGCUAUGGCUAGGCUUAUGCGCGCACCAAACCCAUCAUUCCUGCUCGCUCUCAUUGUAGCUACGCUUUCUUUUAUGAAUAUGUUGUCUUUUGGUUUGCCGGACACCACGUCCGACGCCCUGUUAAAAUUCAAGAGUUCUUUGGGGAACAGUUCCGAAGCUCUUAGGAAUUGGGGUAGUUCUCCGAACCCAUGCAAUGGUAACAGGGGGAAUUGGGUUGGUGUGCUUUGCUUUCAAGGGAAUGUUAGGGGCUUGAAACUCGAAGGCAUGGGGUUACAGGGAACGUUAGAUGUGGAACCUCUCGCGUCGUUGCCAUAUUUGAAGACUUUAAGCUUCACGAACAAUUCAUUCAUAGGUCCGUUGCCUAAUCUCACUAGACUAAAGAGAUUAGGGUCGUUAUAUUUGUCAGAUAAUCAUUUGUCGGGGGAUAUUCCUGAUGAUGCAUUUGAGAAUUUGACUUUCUUGAAGAAACUGUAUUUGGGAAAUAAUGAGUUCUCAGGCAAAAUCCCUUCAUCUCUCGCCAAAUUGCCAAACCUUUUCGACGUGGGGCUUGAGAAUAACUAUUUUAGUGGCGAAAUCCCUGAUUUUAAUAGUGGGGACUCAGAGAAAUUAUGGAGGUUGUAUUUGGCUAACAAUGAGUUGGAGGGAGAAAUCCCAAAAAGCCUGAGAACGCAGGAGCCUAGCAGUUUUGCAGGAAAUGAAAACCUAUGUGGUCCGCCUAUAGAAGCAUGUAGCCCCUCUCCUGCUCCUGCUCCGUCUCCAUCGCCAUCUUCGCCUCCAUGUGGGGGAUCCGGGGAACCAUGCAGCCCUUCCGACCCUCCUACGAAGUCUUCAUCUCUUGGUCUAAAAAUAGCCUUGGGUAUAGUGAGUAUUCUGCUCCUAUUAGUUAUCAUUGCUGUACUUUUGAUGUUCCUCAGAAAGAGAAAGCAACAACCGGAAUUAGACCAGGCGGAGUUGUUGGAUGAAUCCUCCAAGUACACAGCAGCAACCGCGAGCCAGAUGGAUGCCAAGUCGGUAGAAAAUAAUAAUGUGAACAAUCCACCAAGGAGGGGUGAGCAAGCAGGAAAGCUGUCAUUUGUGAGGGAUGACAGGGACAGGUUUGAUUUGCAUGACCUGCUAAGAGCCUCAGCCGAAAUAUUGGGGAGUGGGAACUUUGGGGCUUCAUACAAGGCUUUGAUACUAACUGAUGCUGUAGUGGUCAAGAGGUAUAAGCAGAUGAACAAUGUGGGAAGAGAGGAGUUCCAUGACCACAUGAGAAGGCUUGGGAGAUUGACACACCAAAACUUGUUGCCAAUCGUGGCCUAUUAUUAUAGAAGGGAAGAGAAGCUCUUGGUUUCUGACUUUGUCGAGAACGGUAGCUUGGCUUCUCAUCUUCAUGGCAAUCACAAUCUGCAUAAGCCUGGACUUGACUGGCCAACCCGUUUGAGAAUAAUCAAAGGAAUAGGAAGGGGCCUGACAUACCUCUACAACACACUCCCAAGCUUGGUUGUACCUCAUGGUCAUCUGAAAUCCUCCAAUGUGCUUCUGGACGAAAACAUGGAGCCUCUACUGAACGACUAUGCUCUACUCCCCGUGAUCAACAUGGAACAAGCCCAACACCUCAUGAUGGCUUACAAGUCACCCGAAUACGCGCGGCACCACCGGAUAACAAAGAAGACCGACGUGUGGUGCUUCGGGAUAAUCAUGUUGGAGGUGUUGACAGGCAAGUUCCCAGAAAACUAUCUAAAGCAAAGUUAUGACAGUAAGGCGGAUUUGGCGAGCUGGGUGAACGGAAUGAUCAAGGAGAAGAAGACUAGUGAGGUGUUUGAUGGAGAAAUGGGGAAUGUCGGUGACAGCAAAGGUGAACUUCUAAAGCUGUUGAAGAUUGGAGUGAGUUGUUGUGAGGAGGAUGUGGAGAGAAGGCUGGACUUGCAUGAAGUUGUUGCAAAGAUUGAGGAGUUGAAUGAGGGAGAAAGUGAUGGGGAGUACCGCUCAAGUGUUUCAAGUGAAGAAGAUGAUUAUACUUCUCAGGCUGUGUGAUUGCGACAACUAUGGAGUUACCAUUCUAAAUAGCAUUCCAUGUACUGGCUGGUUGGGACUUAGGGAACUUAUCCAUGUGUAAAGUACUGUUAGCCUUCAUUCAUUCAUUCCCCUAAUUAAGAUGAAGAAUGUGCAGGAAGAUAUGGAAAGCAAUGAAGAAUGUUUAAUUUGUUUAUUUUU